AUGUCGGCAACGAAACCUAUUCCUCGGAGACCGCCGCCACCUGUUCCUAAAAGAGGGCAUGUUAAAGUUGUGCAAGCCAUGUAUUCCUACACAGCAAAAACUCCAGAAGAGCUUUCAUUUGAAGAAGGUGACGUACUGUAUAUAACAGAGCAGAAUGAUUCAGGAUGGUGGAAAGCCAAAUGUGGUACCAAGAAUGGAUUAAUUCCAAGUAAUUAUGUCGAAGAACACACCGAAUGUGUUCAGUAUCCUCUACAUGAAGCAGCUCGACGUGGCAACUUUCAGUUUCUCACUGAAUGCAUAAAAAAUGGAGUAUCAGUUAAUGCCUUGGAUAAGUCUGGCAGCACACCUGCCCACUGGGCGUCUCAUGCUGGACACAUACAGUGCCUUCAAUCUCUGCUUGCUGUUAAUAACAUUGAAAUCAAUGUCCAGAAUAGGCUUGGGGACACUCCUUUACACUCAGCUGCAUGGAAGGGUCAUGUGGAGGCCGUGAAGAUGUUAAUUGAGAAAGGGGCCUUGACUGACAUCAGAAAUAAAGAUAAAAAGAUACCCAGUGAUUUGACAACCAACUCAGAAAUCUUAGUUCUUUUACAAAAUUCAGAUAAUUGCCAAGAUGCUGAUGAUUACUUGAAUGAUACAGAAGAAUCUGAUUCCGACUAG